AUGGAGCUGAGCCGUCUGAUCAGCCCUGCCAGAGCGGUCAAGAAGUGGGAGAACCUGAAAAAGACCUACAAGCUCCUGUCCACACAGCUCCUGUCCACACAGCUCCUGUCCACACUGCUCCUGUCCACACUGCUCCUGUCCACACUGCUCCUGUCCACACAGCUCCUGUCCACACAGCUCCUGUCCACACAGCUCCUGUCCACACUGCUCCUGUCCACACUGCUCCUGUCCACACUGCUCCUGUCCACACUGCUCCUGUCCACACAGCUCCUGUCCACACUGCUCCUGUCCACACUGCUCCUGUCCACACUGCUCCUGUCCACACUGCUCCUGUCCACACAGCUCCUGUCCACACAGCUCCUGUCCACACUGCUCCUGUCCACACUGCUCCUGUCCACACUGCUCCUGUCCACACUGCUCCUGUCCACACUGCUCCUGUCCACACUGCUCCUGUCCACACUGCUCCUGUCCACACAGCUCCUGUCCACACAGCUCCUGUCCACACUGCUCCUGUCCACACUGCUCCUGUCCACACUGCUCCUGUCCACACAGCUCCUGUCCACACUGCUCCUGUCCACACUGCUCCUGUCCACACAGCUCCUGUCCACACUGCUCCUGUCCACACUGCUCCUGUCCACACUGCUGAUCAGGCUGGUGCUGCUGAUGCUGGUCCUGCUCAUCAUCAGGCCCUGGCUCCUCUUCCACUGGCUCCCAGAGAUCACCAUCGCUGACGCAGAUGUUGUGCAGGAUGGCGCAACAGGCAGUCACCUCGACUGCAAAGGUGGGUUGGACUUCCAAUUAAUGGAGCUGGAGCUGCCAUCUGUGUCAGAGACAGCUGAAGGAGAAAGCCUCAGCCUACAUCGCUCACACCUAUCUGCCCCUCCGCUGCUGCUGCUGCAAUACAAACAAAUGUAUGGCCAUGGCCAAGCAGAUUCAUACAAAACCAUCGACAUGUCCCAGUUGUUCUAA